AGGUGGAAUACAGUCACUGACUCUAUUAGAUCGUAUCUUGAGAAUCGAGGAAUUUUGGUUCAGGUGUGCCAGGAUCAUAAAGACUAUAUCGAUAAAGAUAUUUUUCGAAUUGUUAAUGACAUACACAUAACAAAUAAUGCUGGGGAUUUCAUGCGUAGAAUGAUUUUCCGAUUGCUGUGGCGUUAGCCCGUGGUCUUCCACUUUCUACUAUAUUAUUCGAAUAUAUUUUAUGCAGUCCGGUUUCUACAGCAACAGGUGAGCGAAGUUUCAGUAGAUUGAAAUGUAUCGAGAAUUCUCUACGUACUACUAUGGCGGGUGAUCGUUUGAGUAGUCUCGUUCUCCUAAAUUGUGAAAAGGACUUGUUGGCUAUGAGAGAAUACGACGGUUUAGUUACCACAUGGAGCGCCUUGAAGGAACGGAGAGUGGUUACAAUUAUUGGACAAAAAUAUAUUUUAUUUUUUUUAUUUGUUUCAAAAUUUUUUUUAGUUUUCAUUAUUAUUAAUCUUAUUACGUUAUUAUACAUAUUCUUAAUUUCUUAUUACGAGUUACGACUGAGUAUGUUAUUCUUUUUCCUUUAAUAAAUUUUAUUCUCGAUUUUAGUCUGCAAAAUUUAGUCUCUAUACCCCUCCCCACUCGAGUACCACUAGGUACGGCCCUGAGGGCACCUAAGCAGUUAUCAAAUUUAUAUUUAAUGUUAUCGUAGAAAACGUAAUAUGAAUUAAUAUUAGUAUUACAUCACCAACUGCUACGAUUAUAAGCUGCAUAUCUUAAAAUUUUUAAAAUCCUGUCUUCUAAUUUUUUUAAAUUUCGAUAAGCCAGCUUACAACAGCAUCCACAAUUAUUUUUCGAGCAGUAUCAUUCAGUUUAUUUGUGGUGUCAAAAGUUUGAAAAACGUAACUUCCUGUAUGGAAUCCUUUAAUAACGUUUAACAAGUCCUGAAAAGAGUGAUCAAUUAGAAGCUUCUUAAAUAAUAGCCACAUGAUGUUCUAAGCAUACAAAAGAACAACUGCUUGUAGUUUCUUCAGACAACAAAUAUGAGUUGCAAGUGCUAGCAAUUGAUAAAUCGAAGCCGCAUUUCCCUUUUCAUUCAGCAACCAUAAAGGCCCAGUAUUUGUAACAUCUGAACUGUUAGGAGCUACCUGCUAUAAAAACAAAGCUUACAUGAAAAUACAAAAUACAUUCAAAAUCAAAAUUUUCCUAAGUAAUUACAAACAAAUUCCGAGCCAUGCACCGAUUCGUCUUCAUAUGAACAUAUGAAACACCCCAAAAAAAUAAAAAAAAUGCAACAAAAUCAAAAUCACAGAACUAAUUAGCAAGUAAUUCGCAAAAAAUCCACCUAAUCACAUUUUGAUUGUAAAUUGGUGCUUCGCUAAGUUCAUGCAGACAUAUUUUUGCGAGAUGAUAGGGAAUGCUUUUGAAUAAACGCCCCCUUUAAUAUUAAAAAAAUAUUUACCUCCAAAUAAAUUUCUUGAGCUGCAACACAAAGAAUGUAAAAUAGUAUUGAGGAAGUUUUUUCUGAACUAAUAGUAAUAGGUAUUAUGGAAAAGGACUGUCAAAACAUAUAUUGAUAUUUCAUGCAGAAACGCAUAUAGUAGGAUAGGUAAUAUGAAACUACAUGGAGUUUAACUUUACAGCGUUUCUGAUUAGUCUACUAUUUUCAAUGUUAAAAGGAAUUGCGUUAACAGGAAAGUGCCAAGAUUUCUUGAUAAAAGUACCUACCUAAAUGUUAACACACCAAUUGUAUUGUGUAAUCUAACUAUAAGUUAUUACAACAUACGAAAAUAAUAAAACUACCAUGAUAAAAUGUAAGGAAUUUGAAUUGAUUGAAUCUACAAUUGUAAAUCAUUAAAAUGAAAUCGAGUUUAGUUGAAAUUUACCAUUGGUAGGCAACAAUUUAAUUUGGUCGAUUUAAUCAUUACCUUUUCUCUGAGUAUAGGUACUGCUUCUUUCAAUCUUCAAAUCUCAAUUAAUGUUGUCCGUCACCGUAAAGAACCAUUAUUAGGGUGGUUACUCGAGUAUAUAUCGUGCCUGCAUGUCUUUACUAUCAUCUGUCAACCUUUGGCUUAAUAACGUUGUGUUACAUUUUCAGUGAGCACAUUAAACAACGGUGGACAAUUAGUUCUCCAAUAAACGCCAUUACAGAUAGUACCACAGCAAAAAAAAAACCACAAGUGCUCAAAAGGUAAUGCUACCAUAUUUCCUGCGGUAGAUCCCUUUUUUAGAGUCUACGUAAAAUUUGUGAUCUCAUUUUAUCGUGCAACCUGAAUCGAGGGUGGUAAAAUGUGAUUAUCAAUAUCGCAGUAUGCAAUCAUAAACUUACUGGGUUAUUUUAUAAAAUAUCGUUACGAUACGAUGCGUAGGGGAACGAUAACCGUUCAGUGCCUGAACGAUGAUGCUCGGAACGAUAUCGCUAAACAAUCGUAUUUUGUAACUCCUUCCGUUACGAGUUGACAUUGAACGCUUGCCCGAACGAGCAGCUUUGUAUUUAUGAAUGAAUAGUAACACUUGCUGCAAACUUCAUGUUGUUCUUGCCACCGGUUUGACAGUUCAACUGCUGACAUUUCACGUGUGUUUGUUGUGAUUCAGUGUUGUUAGCCAUUCACCACGUGCUGCCGUAUUCAAAAAAGUUACAAAAUGAGUACACAGAUUACGUCCAAAAAGGCCCGCUCGUCGAAAAUAACUGCUGGACAAUAUUCGCUGUAUUUAGAAGAACUGCAAGCGAAUGAAUCGUUUCGAACUAUUAAGUUCAACCCCAAGAACCCCAGCAUCUUGGAUGAAACGUGGAAUUCGCUUGCAGUGAAGCUAAAUGCUGCAGGUGGACCCAUUAAAACGGUCCCCCAGUGGAAAGAAAGAUUUGCGGACUGGAAGUGUAACGUCAGGAAGAAAGCCCGAAAGCUUGAACUUUCGAGGGUUCGAACUGGCGGAGGACCACCUGAUGUUCCACUUUCAGAUCUGGAGAAUCGACUGCUGAAUCUGAGCGGUAGGGCUGUCGUUAAUGGCAUUGAAGGGAUUCGGGAACUUGGCUAUGAUAAUCCCAUUGAAGCACAUGGGGCAGUCCAGCCACCUCCAACAGUCGAACCACCUCCAGCAGUCGAGCCACCUCCAGCAGUCCAGCCACCUCCAGCAGUCAAGCCACCUCCUGCAGUCUAUCCACCUGCAGCAGUUCGGGCACCAGCUACGAAGAAGAAGUUGACUCUGGCGGCAUCUGUACGAACUUUAAUGGACGAUGCCACCAGAGAUUAAAAAAAAACAACGCUUGAAGAAGUAAACGAGAGUUUAAAGCAACUUGUUGAACUUGAGCAGGAGAAGGUCAAGGUGAAGAAGGAGAAGCUGGCCAUUGAGAGGAUGAAACUUCAAAUGAAGUACCCCGACACAGAAUUUGUGUUUGAUACUAAUUGUGAUUAGUAAAUGUAUAAAU